AUGGCUACGCCUGCAAUGGAAUCUGCUGACCCCGUGUUCGAUACUUACGAUGGUACGACACAACUAAGUGAUGCUGAAACUGCUAUUCUGAAGGAAGAAUUGAGAAAGACUGAAGAAGAAAUUCAAACGUUGAAACAGGUUCUUCUUGCCCGUCAGAAGCAUGCAUCCGAGCUAAAGCGUAAGCUGGGUUUGAAUCCAUUGGUUGAGCUUGGAAAUGAUAUCAACAAAGGACUAAAGGCUGUCACUGAUACGGAAGCUUUCCAAAAAACAACUGAAGUCGCUGCAGCAACUGCAGACACCGUGAAACACAAGUGGAACGAUGUCCGUAAUUCAUCUCUUUUCAAAUCGUUCGAAUCGAAAUUGGGAACAGCUUACACCAGCGUGAGUGUUUUUCUUCUA